CAAGGAAACCUGCAAGUUCGAAAGACUAAAGUUAUGUCCGACCCAUCCGGGAUUCAGGUGACUGAUUGCUGUAUUACAGAGCGCUCUGAGGCAGUCUUGCAGUCCAUUGUAUUACACUCUUGGUAUGGACAUUGCCAUCGCCCGAUAGUUCACGUUUCUUUCAAGCGCGCAUUCGAGGUAUAAAUGCCUGGACCCGGCACAACCUGAGCAUCCAAAAAAUCACAAUGUUCUCUCAAGCUCUCGCUGUUCGCACUGAUAGCAUCGCUCGUCAUCUCGAGACGGUCUUCCUUUUCACAAAAAAUGAUAUCAGAACCACUCUGAUACCUGUGACUAUAUUCGCAUUAUCCGCGGCUCCCAAACAUGACCCCACUCACGCUUGGAAUGCUCCUUUGUGGAUAUGGUUCCACUUGCUGCAGUUCAAUAUUGCAAACCAGAUCCAAGACCCGGAGGAGGACCGCAAGAAUAAGCCCUCCCGUCCGAUACCUGCUGGUCGCAUCUCUGUCGACAGCGCAGCUGAUAUGCGCUGGGUGAUGAUCCCAGUCUGUUUGAUGCUGUCAUUGUGGUACGGCACUCAGGCUGUGCUGGCCAGCACCGUUUUUGCGGCAUUGACAAUCUGGUACAACGAACUUCACGGUGACAAGAUGGGAUUGUCGAAGAAUGUACUCACAGCCAUCCUCUACGGGUGUCUGGAGGUCGGAGGAACUGUUGCUGGUUCUCGCAACUCAUGCAUCGACAAGGCUGGUGCUUUGGCGGUCGCACUUAGCUCGACAGUCUUUGCAACUACGCUUCAUGCCCAAGACUUCAAGGAUGAAGAGGGCGAUCGCCUCACUGGCAGGCGCACGCUGCCUACGAUGUUCCCUAAAGCUGCGCGCUUUUCAAUGAUGUUCGGUCUUCCCCUUUGGUCAUAUGCCUUGAGUCGUAUCUGGAAGAUAGAUGCCCUCUCUACCACCGCAUUUGUAGUUUACGGCGCAUUUGUGGGGAUCAGAUUCGUGAUGCACAACACAGUAGGCGCCGAUAAGCAGUCGUGCAAAUUUUAUAGCUUGUGGUAUUCGCUCGGUUAUUUACUUCCAGGUUACUGGCGUUUCUUCUACGGUAUUUGAAUAACCGGAGCUGAAAGUCGCAAAUAUCUGUCUUGUUUAAGUUGAGGGCGAAAGGAGAUAAAGGCGGGCACAAGGCACGCAAAUAGACGACAAAUUGAUACCGAGUCGCCUGCUUAUUUACAAUACAUAAUCGAUUUUCAUUUACAUAAUAUUACGGCACUU